AUGGCAAGCUCACCGCCAGGGUCGCCGCUGGCGUUGUCGAGACCAGCGAGCGCGCUCAUGAGGCCCCCAAGGACGACAAGCCGAUUGAGCAUGACGAGCAAGGGCCCAUCAGCUGGAGGAGGAGGCAGCAGAGCCUCGGACGAGGAUGGGAAGACCGCAGUAAAAGUUGCGGUCCGUGUACGACCUCCACUCCGAUCAACAGACCCCGGGUUCGACCUUAUCCCGCAAAGAUUUCAGCGUCCUAUGGUCCAGGUCACUUCGCCGACGAGCUUGGCCAUCGACUCCCCACAAGGGCGCAAAAUCUUUGUAUUCGAUAGAGUCUUUUCCGAGGAUGUCUCCCAAGAUGGAAUCUGGGAAUAUCUUGCAGAGAGUACCAACUCAUUUGUCCAAGGAUACAAUGUUUCUAUGCUGGCAUAUGGCCAAUCCGGCGCUGGAAAGUCCUACACUAUGGGUACAUCGGGACCCGAACAACAAGGCGAUCUAGAGGUUAUGGGUGUUAUCCCACGUGCUGCCAUGGCUCUCUUUGAUAAGCUCGAAGGUUUUGCGAGUCCACGCAAUGGCAAUCGCAGUUCAAUGUCUGGAUUACGAGCGCCUACAAGAUAUUCUGUACACGCUGCUACUACAACGACGAAGAAUACCCAGAAGACAUGGACAUUGAAGGCAACAUAUGUCGAGAUCUACAACGAAAUGCUCCGCGACUUGCUCGUGCCAGAGAGUGUGCCUCAUGGUGAGAGAGGCAAUGUUACCAUUCGUGAGGAUGUGAAAGGUCACAUUCUGUUGACUGGGCUGCAUCAGGUGGAGAUAAACUCUGUUGAAGAUCUUUUGGCAGCUCUCAACUUUGGGUCCAUGAUUCGACAAACCGACUCGACCGCAGUAAAUGCCAAAUCAUCCCGCUCGCAUGCCGUAUUCAGUCUUAAUUUGGUCCAACGCAAGAACAAGUUUCAAACGGCCCAAGGCGCAGAGAAGCGGUUCUCAGUUCCAUUGGAAGCCAUGACGGGCGCUGACACCAUGGUCACGAUCGACAGCAAGUUUCACUUUGUCGAUUUGGCAGGUAGCGAGCGUCUAAAGAACACUGGUGCACAGGGGGAACGUGCUAAGGAGGGUAUCUCGAUCAACGCUGGCCUCGCCAGUCUGGGGAAAGUCAUCUCGCAAUUAUCAUCUCGCCAAGCGGGAUCCCAUGUCUCUUACCGCGACUCCAAGCUCACUCGAUUGCUCCAAGAUUCUCUCGGAGGAAAUGCAAUCACGUACAUGAUUGCGUGUGUCACGCCGGCCGAAUUCCACCUCAGCGAGACGCUAAAUACCGUGCAGUACGCACAACGAGCCCGUGCGAUUCAAAGUAAGCCUAGGAUCCAGCAAGUGGCAGAUGAGAGUGAUAAGGUUGCCUUGAUUGAACGCCUGAAGGCUGAGGUAGCAUUUUUGCGCGAGCAAAUCCGGAGCACCGAGCGGGGUGGAGACCGUCCUGCUCAUGUAGCUGCAGGGAGGCCCGAGCGACAGAACGAACGUGAGGUCGAGCUUCAAAACCAGCUGCUCGACACCCAGGAAAAUUACACUGCACUAAGUGGGCGCCAUGCCAAACUUAUCUCUGAGAUGGCGCGAGCUCGAGAAAAUGAAGUUGCCGACAGUCAAGCACACGAAAACACACUAGGCGACAGCGCCACGGAACGACUAAGGCGCUCUAAUACAUUCGCCGAAGCUGUGGAGCAAGUUGUAUUGGAGUACGAAAAGACUAUCCAGACCCUGGAGCAAUCCCUUUCGAGUACCAGAAGUUCAUUGUCCAACACUGAGACGGUUCUUUUGGAGAAGGAAACAAAGUGCGCCUACGUCGAGACAGUCAACGCACAGCUCCAAGCUCGCUUGCAGAAGCUGAUCGAUCGUGAAUCCAGCACUGAGAAUUAUCUCCACGACCUGGAAGCCAAACUUGACGGCCACACUUCUGGCGAAGAGAAGAACUCGGCGAUUGUUAUGGAGCUACGCAAGGAAAUCGCCCGUGUUCGCGAGAACGAGGCCGCAUGCGAGGACUACAUCUCGACGCUGGAAGAGCGACUGGCUGAGGCGGACCAGGAUGCUGAGCUCAUGCAACGGGAGAUUGACCGGCUUGAACAUGUUGUGGAGCGCCAACGAAGCUUGGGCAAGCUGGACAGCCUGCUGUACGAGCUUGACCACGUUCAGCAAGAUGGAAAAAGUCCUGAGGCUGACCAAGUAACGCUCAAUGGCAAGCGCUCGGCAUACGGUCAUUCUCGACAACGGAGCUCAACCAGUAGAAGCCAUAAAGAUGUAAUCCCCGAGACUGAAGAAGGAGAAGAGGGAAUUUCACGCAGCUCUAGCUGUGAGGAUGUUCGACGAACAGCCAGCGAUGGCUCCGUUGAUCGCGCCGACCCAAUCGAAGACAGUCAUCUUCCUGAACCAUCAGCUGGCAGUUAUCCACCGCAGAGCCCGGCGCAGACUAGACAUGUGGAGGAUAAGCUCGAAGUUGUUUCCCAAGAACUCUUCGACCUCAAGGUGGAGCAUGAAUCCACCGUUAACGAAUACGACAAUCUUUCUCGUAAAUAUGAGGAAGCUCUCCGCACCUUGGCUGAGCUCCAAGAUGCUGUUGACGAAGCCCGUCAUUCAGCUAACGACUCACGCCUGACCAACUCAUCACCAACAUCGACUGGGCUUACUUCUUUUUUACCCGACGCGAGGGUGACCGAGCUCAUAAAGGAUGGAGGACAAUACUCAUCCUCGCGAUCGCUAUCAUCGGAAUUGUCCUCAGCUGGGGAACUACCCAGUACUAUCGAAACAUCUAAUGCUGUAGCUGCGGUCGGGAAGCCGGACUCAGGAGAAGUGGCAAGCAGCGACGCCAAUGAAGAGACGAUUGCUGAAGAACUUGAUAAUCUACGGAAGCUUGCUGCAGAGAAGGAGCAAGCUCAAUUGAGGCUGGCCGAGAAAUAUGCUCUGCUAGAAGAACAACACAUGGAUGCCCUUGAUCUCGUGGAAGAACUCAAGUCAGAGGUUUCUAAGGCCAAAAUGGUCGAGGCAUCAUCCCCACGCGCAGCAACGCCUGUCAUACGUCGCAAGUCAAGUCAAAACGUUAUGAUCAUCGAUAAGGCCCAUCGUGCUUUUGCUUCACUUCGAAACAUCGCGACCGAUAGUUUUGAGGACUGCCCAGAUAUCAUGGCGAACUUUGAGUUGAAUCUCAACACAGCAAUGCACGAGCUGCACUCUCGAUCCGAGCGAAUACAAGAACUUGAAGCAGACAUCACUGCUGCGAAGAAGGAGCUGGAGGCCAAGAUGACCAUCAUUACCGGCUUGACUCGUGAACGAGCGAGCAUGAAGGCGUCCCCUAUGGACAUGUCGGUUGUUUCGUCAAUGCGUGAUCAGCUUCUCCAGAACGAAGGGCAGAUGCGCAUACUCCAAGAAACUCAUGCUGCUCGGGAGCAGGAAUUACAGGCCGAGCUGGAAAGCCUUCGCAGUACAAUCCAGCAGCGGGUAGCCUCCACCACAGAUCAACAAGUUUCAGCGGAGCCUGCGUUGGUGGAACAUGACACCCAUAAGGAGAUCCAGGCCAAAAGGAUUGCGGAUCUGGAGGCCGAACUGACCAACUGGGAGUGCCGCCAUCAGACGGCGUUGGAGUCGAUGGAAAGCUCCGAGAAGCACCUUUUAAACACCAUUUCUGAACUGGAGAAGCAGCUGGCCGUUGUGAAGAGCGAGCAACAUACCCGAGAAAAUCACACAGAAGACGUUACCAAAGAGGGUGCUAGAAUCGAGCUCAUUCCUAGUCUGGAAAAGGAGAUCAAUGAGUACAGGGCUGCCGUAGCUGCCAACGCUGCACGGGUAGCUGAGCUGGAGCAAUCUCAUGCCGCCACUCGGCUUGAACUAGAUGAGAUUACCAAGUCCCGAGACGAAUCACAUGCUGAGAUUGAGGGGUACAAGAUGCUCGUUGCUAACCUUGAGCAAUCGCACGCUGCAAAUUGGGAACAACUGUGCGAAGCCACGAAAUCCCGGGAUGAGUUCCAUGCCGAGGCCAAGAGACACAAAGAGCUUGUUGAAAAUUUAGAGCAGCAAAUAACAGAGCACGAAACCACCAUCAAGGCCCAUCAAGAUGAUAUAAGUCUGUUGCAUACGAACCACGCCAAGGAGCUCGAGGCUUUGAAGUCAAGCACCCCUGAAGACCACGAGGCUCGCGUUGCAGAGGCCACAUCAAGGCAUCAAGCAAGCAUCGAGGAGCUUCAAAACGAGCUUGCUGAAGCUCGCGAUGAUCUCGUCAAGAUCGCAACUCAGGUUGCCUUUGCUCUUGGUCUGGACGUCAGUACUGAUAAAUUGCAAGAUAGGAUUGCCAACGUUCUUGCUGAUCAAAAGGCACUAGCCGAAGAGACGAAGAAGUGUCUUGAGAUGCAGCAGCACCUUGAUGAGCUCUCGGGUAUAAAUGACUCUCUGAAGAAGGAACUCGAGGGUGCGAAGUCCGAACUGGCCCGUUUAUUGGUCGAGACCGCCGAAGGCGCCAAGCUCACAGACGAACACGCCACGGUCGCCGAGCAACUGGCAGCUUUGCGCAAGGAGAUGACUGAUCUCGAGACGAAGAACAAGAAAAACUCCCGGCUGGUUGAGGAGCUUGAGGAUCAGCUGGCUUCGAAUUUUGAUCAACACCAGAUUGCGAACAAUCGCUUCUCUACUUUUCAGACAGAGCGCAACGCCCAGCUUGAUGACGCGAAUGCAGCUCGUGCUCGCGCCCAGGCUGAACUCGAAGCCGUCAAAGAGGAAUGCGCAGAGCUUCAGGCCAAACUCGAGGAAAUGGGCGCUGACCCGAAGCGCUCCAACCCGCAGCCUAAUAACUCAGCUUCAGUGUCAUCUCUGCCAUCGCCUCCACCCGCCAUUCCCCUCCCGCCUCUUCCUGGCAGUAGUGGCGCUGCUGUUCAGUCCACUAAUCACGCUGCUUCUGUUCCGGUCCCUCAUACUCCCACUUUGAGCAGUAGUCCUGGUAGCCCCAAUCCAGCUGCUUCCCAAAUAAAUGAGGAGCAAGAGGUCCGCAUUCGUACUAUCGAGAAGCACCUCAACGCGGAGAAGCAGCUUACUCAGACGUUAGAAGAGGCUUUGACGGACUUAGAAAGACAAAGCAACAAGAUGAAGGCCGAGGUCGAUGCUUGGAGACGCCGUGCCACGGAUCUUGAGCAGGAACUCAAAGACGCUAAGGAGAGAGAGAAGAAUGGCGGUAUGGACAAGGAGAACCGAUGGAGCAUGCUGCAGGUCGAGGAAGAACGCAAGAAACGCCGAGACGCCGAGAUCGCCAGAGCACACCUCGAGGAGCGGAUGAACGCCAUCAGUAAAAAGAAGAAGAAGGGAAGUCUGAACUGCUUCUGA